UCGUCUCAACUUACAAAUUAGGCAGUUAAAGGUUUUCAGUGUUUCGUUCUAAUCACAAAGAAAAGCUUCCUAAGUUAAGGAAAUCCAGAGAGCAAAAAUGGCAGGUGACGGUACAGCUACAUGCAUAGACAUCCUUCUUGCUAUCAUCUUGCCUCCUCUUGGAGUCUUUCUCAAAUAUGGCUGCAAGGUGGAGUUCUGGAUUUGUUUGGUGCUAACCCUUUUUGGUUAUAUACCUGGAAUUAUCUAUGCUGUCUAUGCCAUCACCAAGUGAUCAUACUUUAACUUUUGAAGACAAUAAACAAAUGUUAUGAGCGUUUCUGUCAUUCAACUCACAUAUUAGUGUUUCUUUACUACAUCAUUGUCAAUGUCAUCAUUUUUUUUAUGCUCUGUUUCUAAAUUUCCUUUGUUUUUAGCUUAAGCGAGAGUGGAGUGUGUAGCUUGUAUGUAGUCUCUAGUGUUAAUCGAUUUGAAAUACACAAUUUGAUUUGUAUCAACGGUCUUGUUCAAGUAUGUAAUGUAAAUUGUGCUAUUCUUGACUUUCAAA